CAAACCCUUCUGAAUUUCUCUACACAAAUCUACGGAGUAUUUCCUCCAUAAAAUACCCAUUUUCUCGAAGAAACCCGAAGCCCAUAAAAUACCCGUUUUCCUCUCUUCUAUCAUCUUCUCUCGAUUUCCAAUCUCAGGCCAGCUCUGUGAGUGCUGACAUGUGGGUUUCUUUGACAAAAAAUAUCUGGUUGCAGGAGUGUAAGACUGUGUAAUCAUCUAUCGGAGUCAUACUUCCAAGGAAAGAGUAUAAACAGAAGCCUUUGAAGGUUGUGAAAAAUGAGGAUGGUGAGGGCCGUUGAUUAUUCGGAGUGUCCGGGUCUCUGUGGAUUCUUAGUUGUUGAAGCUUAUCCAAAGGGAUACUCUUCCAAGAUCCCCUCUGAUUUGGUCCUUUUCUUGGGUCUUGGCUUCAUAGAUUGGUAAUAUUCAGUAUCGUUUAUACCAUAUCUAUAUUUAUUUUGGAUACCCAGAAGAGAAGUUGAGAUCUUGACUGCGUGUUUCUAUACGAUGCUCAAUAAUGGACCUUGUUUUCAAUAGGUUUCAUUCAAUAUUUCCCUCCUGUGUUUAAAGGUGGAAGAAUAUUAUUGAAUUAGGGCUUUUAUGGUCUUCUUCAUCUGGCUUUUUUUGAAAAUUAGUCUGGGUAGGAAUCAAAUUUGAUUAUUUGAUUUCUUAUCCUCUUUACGGGCUCUUAUUCGUAGUGGUAGUUUCAUCCUCUGGAAAUCUCAUUCUUUAUUGAGGGAGGAACAAAAGUUCUGAAAUGGUGUCAUACUACCUAUUCAUAUUCGAGUAUUACAAUUCGAGGAUUUUGUUAUUUUAAUGAAUAAACUUGUGGUGUUGGCGGAUGUAGUUGGGACUGUUUUCAUAAAGAUUAGCUUUCAUUUGGCUGAUCUUUGGAUUGAUAACUUUUGAACCCGACAUCGGAAGGUGUCCCCCAAUAUUAAGGGAAGGAGGGGAGAAAAGUUAAUGAGAUGGGGGAAAUUCUUCUCACUUCCCUUUCAAUGGAGAAUCUUAAUCGGCCUUCGACCCUCUUGUCCAUGGAUUCGUCCUCUUCACAUGAUGAAUUAGAGCUUGAAAUGAAUCGGCAAGUCAUCAUAGCUCGUCCACCCGACAUCAAUCUGCCUUUAUCUGCCGAGCAGAGUCCUCCUCCCCAGUUGUGGAGCACUGAAAACUGUGAUAUUCUUGAUGUAGGGCUUGGGACCCAAAUGUAUGAGACCGAAAGCUUCCUCAGUGUGGUGCCUAAGGUGGUGGGCAAGAAAUGCACAAAACGCGUAGACAGCAUCUGGGGUGCCUGGUUUUUUUUCAGCUUCUAUUUCAGGCCGGUUUUCAGCGACAAGUCAAAGGCGAAGGUGGUGCGAGAUGGUAAUGGGGUCUCUGGCUUUGACAAAUCUGAUCUCAACCUUGACGUUUUCAUGGUCCAGCAUGAUAUGGAGAACAUGUACAUGUGGGUUUUCAAGGAAAGGCCAGAUAAUGCAUUGGGUAAGAUGCAACUGCGAAGCUACAUGAAUGGACAUUCUCGCCAUGGGGAACGUCCUUUUCCGUUUAGUGUUGACAAGGGUUUUGUCCGGUCUCACCGGAUGCAAAGGAAGCAUUACCGCGGGCUGUCAAACCCACAGUGUGUCCACGGAGUCGAGAUUGUUCAUUCGCCCAAUCUCAUGGUUCUAGAUGAAGAGGAGCGCAAGAGAUGGGUGGAUCUCACUGGAAGGGAGCUGAACUUCACCAUCCCUCCUGAAGCAAGUGAUUACGGCUCAUGGAGAAACCUGCCAAACACCGAGUUUGAGCUGGAAAGGCCACCACAUCUACCCAAUAACAAGAACCCCAAGAAGUCGUCCCUCAAAUGCUCUCCUCCCUUUAACCUCCUUUCUACCCCUCCAUCCUCCAACCACAACCACAAUGGGGAUAUAUCACCGGACAGCAGCAAAAGAAAAAAGGACUUGUUUUCUGAAGAUGGUAUCGAAAAUCAUCCAAUUGCUGAUUCGGAAGUCGUCCACCCAAGGUGGUUGGAUGAAUUCAGUGGGGUGAUGCGCGAUGUAUACGGACCGGUCACUGCUGCGAAAAGCAUAUACGAAGACAAUGAGGGUUAUCUGAUCCUAAUCAGUCUGCCCUUGGUGGAUCCUCAGAGGGUGAAAGUGUCGUGGAGGAACGCGCCCACACAUGGCAUAGUAAAGGUGUCUUGUGUGAGCACAUCUCGCGCGCCAUUCAUCAAGAGGCAGAAAAGGACAUUCAAGCUCGCAGAUUCCUCUGCCGAGCACUGCCCUCCUGGAGAGUUUGUCAGAGAAAUCCCACUUUCAACCCGGAUUCCGGAGGAUGCUAAUAUAGAAGCCUACUUUGAUGGGUCGGGUACGGUCCUCGAGAUUCUGGUGCCUAAGCUUCUAGAAGGGUCAGAAGAACAUGAAGUGCUUGUUUGCCUUCACCCUCACCUUGGUGGCAACAAUGACCUCAUUUUGAACUAGCUAGCUAGCUACGGUGUUGUCAUGUAUUAAUCGUCGAUGCUCACUGUUUAUUUAUUAUUACUCGUAUUAUUAUUUUAGAAUAAAUAAAGAAAAGCCGAAUAUGAUAUUCACCACCUUAUAUGGUCUCAAGUCUGUGAUAUUCCAUGUCUACAUAUAACAGUGGUUACAUUGCUAUUUGAAUAUGAAGCUUUGGUUUAUUUACUGAUGUGUGUUAGGGAGGAGGUGUCCCAUGAGAUAAUGCUGGAUUAUUUGUAGCUGAUGGAGGGUAUCUUCUUUAUGUCAAUCAAUUUCAGAUAGCUCU